UUCGAUAUGCAGGAACAUGGUAAAUGUCUUCGCUGAUGGUUUAUUGUUGACGUAUUCUUUUCCUUUAGUUUACUUGACAUCAACAUUCCAGUGUUCCAGUCGUUGACAUGGGUCGGACUGUCAUUGCUGAGGAUGGAAUUGAGACGUAUGUCGCAAGGUUGGCAUCGAAAAAAGUAACUGUGGUGGGUUUACUUUUUGGCCAAGAAAUUUCUGCACAAAAGUCGUGUGUGAUACAUUUGGCACGAACGCCCGAUCCCGUAAUUGAAGAUGAAGAAGAGGAGUCGGAAUCUUCAUUACAAACACAAAAUAAAAAUGUGCACACGGGCAAUAGUCCGACAGAAGACUUUGAUGACUCUUUAGUUCUUGAUCAUGCUCGACAGGUGAUGAGAUCUCUACCUGGAGGCAUUACCAUAUUGGGUGUUUUUAUUGUUUCGAGCUCAGAUCCAUUUCAAAAUCCUGCCAUGAACAAUCGUAUCCGGAAGCUACUAACUUCUAUUGAUGUUAUUAUUGGGAAAAGUUCCAUUACGGUCAGACAGCAAUUGACAUGUGAAAGGAUUGCAUUGCAUAUAUCUAAUACUACAAUUAAGUAUACUUGCAAAACCUUCGAAAUUGAUAGCCCAGUUGCUUCACCCAAACCUGCUGAUUGGAAGUUUGUUAAUGCUGCUGGUUCCCCUUGGAUAGAGCUGCAUUGCACCACAAACAUUGAACUUUUCAUAGGCUUGUCUGAUUCAGAAUCUUCAGGUACCCUGAGACAACAACUGGAAACUGGGAUAGAUCUGUAUGGCAAAGCUGUCAAGCAAUGCAUCUGUCUCUUUGGCGGAAAAUUCUCUUCGGAGUCGGAAUUAGUGGAUGAUGCGUCAACGGAAAAGGGCACCGGAAAGAAAAAAUCAAAACAACAAAAUAGCGAGGAACGAAUAAAAACUAUUAAUGUUCAAAUCCUUAUUCCAGAGCUUGAAGUUAAGCAAGAGAAACAGGAAUGUUCUUCAGAGCUCAGAUUCGGAGGUCAAAUGUGCAUCAAGGCAUAUAUACACGGAAAGGCCACCGUUCGAGAAGCAAGCCAAGUCAUCAGAGAGGAUAUUUUACGUUCACUAUGGGCUCGAUGUGAUAUGCACUGCGAUUCGCUGAUUGGAGAGGAACAACGUGGACAGCCAGAUGUGAAAGCUGUUCUGCACGAACCACCACGGCGGGUCCUGGCUCCUCUUCCGUUCAGUCCGAUAUCGGUAUCUGAUUAUCUGUUUCCCGGCGAAGGACCAGCGGAUUCAUUGGCAUCGCUCGCUGAUUUGUUGGACUUGGGCACGCUAUUGGAUGGCGAUGUUCAGGAUUACUGGGAAGCAGCUGCCGAAGUUAAUGAUGCUGAGCUGCAGAUACAGUCGGACAGUACUCUUUUGGAGACGACUAUUUCCAAACAGAAUACUGCGACACCUUCCACGAACUCCCGCGCCAUUUUGCUGUCUGGACUUAUCGCUCUUCUUGCUAUAGUUUUGUCGUACUUGACGCUGCAGAUAUUCAGAACCAACUGAUAUCUUAUCUCUAAACUCUGGCCUUUGAGGUUGGCAUUGGUUGACCUAGUGAUAACCUGUUACUAUGGCUCAUGGAUUUAUUUUACGUGGUAAUAAAGAAAAGGGGUUUGGCUGUA